UAACCUCAAAAUCUUUCAAAAGUAUACCAGCCAGAGCCCACGUGCAGUAUUCCAUGUUUGAUAUGCCAUUUCGCAAGUGGUGAAUUUAAUAUUUACAGAUCAUUUAAGAUCGCAGUUUAGCUAAAAUGCAACACGACGACGUUGUCUGGAGUAUUAUAAACAAAUCGUUCUGUUCCUUCAAAGUCAACACAAAAAGUCAGAGGUUUUGUAGAAAUGAAUACAACCUGACUGGGCUUUGCAGCCGUGCGUCUUGCCCGCUUGCAAAUAGCCAGUAUGCGACUGUACGAGAAGAAAAUGGGAUAAUUUAUUUAUAUAUGAGAACAGCGGAGAGAGUUGCAUUUCCUACCAAUAUGUGGGAGAAAGUAAAAUUAUCCAGAAACUUUGAAAAAGCAAUAUAUCAGAUCAACGAGAACCUUCUCUAUUGGCCUGGCUUCAUUAAGGCUAAAUGUAAGCAGAGGUUCGUCAAAAUUACUCAAUAUCUUAUUAGAAUGAGAAAACUGAGGCUGAGGAGGCAAAAGAAACUUGUACCUCUACAAAGAAAAAUAGAAAGAAGAGAAAGACGUAGAGAAGAAAAAGCUCUCAUUGCAGCAAAGUUGGAUACAGCAAUUGAGAAGCAGCUUAUGGAGAGAUUGAAGCAAGGAAUGUAUAACGACAUCUACAAUUUCCCUCAAAAAGUGUUUGAGAAAGCUGUUGAAGAGGUUGAAGUCGAAGGAGAAAGCGAAGCCGAAAGUGAAGAAGAGGAAAAGGAAGAAGAAAUCGAAAGAGAGGUUGAAAUGGAAUUGGAAGCUGAGGAAAAUGAGAUUAAUAAUCGAGAAUUCGUUGCUGCAGACAGUGACGACGACGAUGACGAUGAUGACGACAUUAAUGAUAAUGCAGAAGAAGUUUCUCAGAAUGAAGAUAGCGAUUCUGGACGCAGAGAGGAGGUGCAACUUUCCGAUAGUUUUGAAUCAGAUGCAUCAGAUAUUGAGGAUGGCAUACCUUCCACUAGUAAGAAAUUCACCAAACCCACUAAACCUCCGAAAUCAUCAAAACCUGGGAAAAAGAGCAAGAAAAGGCCGAGAGUGGAAAUUGAGUACGAAGUGGAAAAUGAGCCGCAACGAAGGGUGCGGGCUUAGGAUAUUAAUUGAUAAUAAUAAGAACUUGAGGCUCGA